AUGGAGUGGAAACUGGAGCGCGCCGCCCCGCGCAGGGUCCGCCCCGAGCGAGCGAUGCUGUGGGAGAGUAUCAUGCGGGUGCUCGCUGAAGACAUGAGGCAGAGGAGAAGCCAAGGUUCCCCCAAGUAUUCCAACUUUAAGAGCAACUUUGUGAAGAGGCUGUCAGCUGAGGAGCCUGUUGCCAGUAGCCCAAUUUCCACAAGAUGGCAGCAAAGUCAAACCAGGGAUUUGUCAGCCUGUUCCUUUGGAGAAGAGCAUUCCACCAUGGACCUCCCAGAAUCUUCUGGAUCAGUGCUGAAGAUAAUGCCUCAGAAAGAGACCUUGACUCUAGGAUCCUUCCAAGAACCACUGAAGACCCCCGUCAAAGGAAGUUCUGGAACAAAUAACUCUGUUCUCCAUUUUUGCAAGGCAACUCAUGCAAUGGAUAGAGGCUGGAAGGAAAAUGUUGCCUCAAAAGGCCAGGUAGGCUGCAGAGAUGGAGUCAGAGAUGGAUCCUUCUAUCUUAAAAGGUUCAGUGAUGUAAAGUAUUCCAUGAUCCCACCAGAGGUGAAGAUUCAUCUUACUGGUCUUCGAAAUGACUACUAUCUCAAUAUCCUAGACUGGAGCUUUCAGAAUCUUGUUGCUAUAGCCCUUGGAUCUGCUGUAUCCGUCUGGAAUGGAGAGAACCACAAGAGGACUGAAAUCAUAGACCUAAGUCUUGCUUGUAAUUAUGUAUCUUCUGUGUCCUGGAUAAAAGAGGGAACUUGCCUGGCAGUUGGCACCAGCGAGGGAGAGGUGCAAUUAUGGGAUGUGGUAACGAAAAAGCGGCUGAGAAAUAUGCUUGGUCAUUUGUCAGUAGUCGGGGCUCUGAGCUGGAAUCACUGCAUCCUCAGCAGCGGGUCGAGGCUGGGGCGUGUCUAUCAUCAUGAUGUUCGGGUCUCCCAGCAUCGUGUUGGAACACUUUGCCACAAGCAAGCUGUGUGUUCUCUGAAGUGGUCACCAGAUGGCAGGCUGCUUUCCAGUGGCUGUAGUGACGGACUGCUGACAGUGUGGGCCCACGAUCCAGGUGCCAGUGCACAGGGCCAGCCACUGAAAGUCAUACCCCAACCUACAGCAGUCAAGGCCAUGGAUUGGUGUCCCUGGCAGUCUGCAGUCCUUGCUGUUGGAGGAGGAAUGAAGGACGGAUGCUUACGCAUCUUGGAUUUAAAUGCUGGGAAGAGCAUCCAGACCCCAAGCACAAACUCACAGAUUUGUUCCUUAAUCUGGCUACCUAAGACAAAGGAAAUUGCAACUGGCCAAGGUGCUCCUAAGAAUGAUGUGACUCUGUGGACCUGUCCCACUCUGUCCAGGUCAGGUGGGUUUUUUGGCCACGGAGGCAGAGUGCUGCACCUGGCUUUGAGUCCAGACCAGACCCGGGUGUUUUCUGCUGCAGCUGAUGGGACAGCCUCUUCAUGUCCUGAGUACCUGAUGGCCCAUCUGUUGUAA